AUGCAAACAACAAGCAAACGUCAGCACCCCAUCAGCACUGCAGAAAAUCGAAGGGAUUAUCUUUGCUACUAUUUGCUUAUAUUGCAGGAGGACUGGGCUGAAAUAGGAAUCCCUUUGCGCAAAACAGAGAACAGCUAUGUGGCCAGAAACGACCUUGCUCUUUACAAGUGUCUGGGAUUCAGUAUUGCAGGAGGGGUUGGAAACCAACACAUCCCUGGGGACAACAGCAUUUAUGUCACCAAGAUUAUUGAUGGAGGAGCUGCGCAAAAAGAUGGAAGGUUGCAGGUUGGAGAUAGACUUCUUAUGGUAAAUAAUUACAGUUUAGAAGAAGUUACCCAUGAAGAGGCAGUAGCAAUACUGAAGAACACAUCAGAUGUAGUGUAUCUGAAAGUUGGAAAACCCACCACCAUUUACAUGACCGAUCCAUAUGGCCCACCAGAUAUUACUCACUCUUAUUCUCCACCAAUGGAAAAUCAUAUACUGUCUUCUGGAAACAAUGGCACUUUAGAGUACAAGGCAUCCCUGGCCCCUAUCUCACCGGGAAGAUACUCACCCAUUCCAAAGCACAUGCUUGUGGAGGACGACUACACCAGGCCUCCUGAACCUGUUUACAGCACUGUGAACAAACUGUGUGAUAAACCACCUUCUCCUAGGCACUAUUCCCCUGUCGAGUGUGACAAAAGCUUCCUUCUUACAGCUCCCUAUCCCCACUACCACGUAGGCCUGCUCCCUGACUCUGAGAUCACCAG